UGGAAUUUCCGAAAUUUUACGUCAUUGAGCCUCGGCCUCACCUAGGUUCAGAAACUCAGUUAGACACACGCUAAUGUACUGUUCUAACGUUAUUUAUUUUAUUUUUUUAACCGAAAAUGGGAGAUCCUGUGGCUGAAUACUCGUCCCGACUUAAACAGCAGGAGCAGGAGAUCCAUUCCCUGACUGCUGAGAUCGAGAGCCUGAAGAACCCACAGAGCCUGGUUUUGUCCUCACACCUGGAUGGGCUGAGAGAGGAGAACGCCAAGCUCAAAUACCGCCUCAACAUCCUCAAAAGGAGUCUGCAGGAAGAGAGGAGCCAGUGCAGUAAGACCAUGAUGAACAUCAACCAGCGUCUUCAGGAGAUCUUUGGUGAGGCCAUCCGGGAGGCCUGGCCUGACCUGGAGAACCCUCCCCUGGCCGUCACCCCCAACCAGCAGGCCAAAUUUGGGGACUACCAGUGUAACAGCGCUAUGGCCAUGGCCCAGAUGAUGAAAUCAAAGGGCCUGAAUGUGAACCCCAGGGAGAUCGCUGAGAAGAUUCAGCAGAACAUUCCAGACAAUGAGCUCAUUGAGAAGACUGAAAUUGCUGGACCAGGGUUCAUCAAUGUUCACCUUAAGAGAUCGUUUGUGUCCAAACUGCUGACCAACAUGCUACUCAACGGUGUCCAACCUCCUCCCUUAGAGAGCAAGAAGAAGGUGGUUGUGGAUUUCUCAUCUCCAAACAUUGCCAAGGAGAUGCACGUAGGUCACCUGCGCUCCACCAUCAUCGGGGACAGCAUGUGUCGCCUGUUUGAGUUCCUAGGCUACGAUGUGUUGAGGCUGAAUCAUGUGGGGGACUGGGGCACCCAGUUUGGCAUGCUCAUCGCUCACCUGCAGGACAAGUUCCCAAACUACCUGACCGUGUCCCCUCCCAUUGGAGAUCUGCAGGCAUUCUACAAAGAGUCUAAGAAGCGUUUUGACGAGGAGGAAGACUUUAAGAAGAGGGCCUACCAGUGUGUGGUCAAGCUGCAGAGCAAAGACCCAGCCUUCAUCAAAGGAUGGAACCUCAUCUGUGACGUUUCCAGGAAUGAAUUCCAGAAGGUCUACAACUGUCUGGACAUCCAGAUCAUCGAGAGAGGAGAGUCCUUCUAUCAGGAGAAAAUGAUCGCCGUGGUCAAAGAGUUUGAGGCCAAAGGCCUGGUGGAGAUGGACGAGGGACGUAAGAUAGUGUUUGCCCCGGGCCAACAGAUCCCCCUGACUGUGGUGAAGUCUGACGGGGGCUACACAUACGACACUUCAGACCUGGCCGCCCUGCGCCAGCGGCUCUUUGACGAGAAGGCAGACAUCAUCAUCUACGUGACGGACAGCGGCCAGGGUACCCACUUCCAGGUGGUGUUUGCAGCGGCUCAGAUGAUUGGCUGGUACGACCCCAAGGUGACACGAGUGGAGCAUGCUGGCUUUGGAGUGGUGCUGGGAGAGGAUAAAAAGAAGUUUAAGACUCGGUCUGGGGACACGGUGAGGCUGAUGGACCUGCUGGACGAAGGCCUGAAGAGGUCCAUGGACAAACUCAAGGAGAAAGACAGAGACAAGGUGCUGAGCACAGAGGAGCUGACCAAGGCCCAGCACUCGGUGGCGUUCGGCUGCAUCAAGUACGCCGACCUGUCCCACAACCGCAUCAACGACUACGUGUUCUCCUUCGACAAGAUGCUGGAUGACCGGGGCAACACGGCCGCCUACCUGCUCUACGCCUUCACCCGCAUCAGGUCCAUAGCCCGGCUGGCUAACAUCGACGAGGUUGCGCUCCGUAAAGCAGCAGAGACCACGGAUGUGCUCCUGCAGCACGACAAGGAGUGGAAGCUGGGCAAGUGUCUCAUUCGCUUCCCUGAGAUCCUGCAGAAGAUCCUGGAUGACCUCCUGCUCCACACGCUGUGUGACUACCUGUACGAGCUGGCCACCACCUUCACAGAAUUCUACGACAGCUGCUACUGCAUCGAGAAGGACCGCCAGACCGGUGAGGUGUUGAAAGUGAACAUGUGGAGAAUGCUCCUGUGUGACGCCACUGCCGCCAUCAUGGCUAAAGGCUUCGACAUCCUGGGCAUCAACCCGGUCUCCAGAAUGUGACUUCAGUGACAUCACCAUGCCGUCCUCCCAACUCCUCAGACUACAAGAGGGGGGGGGGGGACUCUUCAACCCAUUUAAUGUCACCUGGGAUUUUACUGUAUACCAAAUAAAAAAUACUGCUUGUAAAAAGUUUUUAAAAAAUGCUCUGGCAACAUGCUCAUCUUUCUCCAUAUAAAUGUCAGAAUACCAAGAGAUUGAGGAAUGGCUGGAGAGGCUGCCAAAACAGCAAUACUGACCUGGGCUACAGCUCAAUCAUUGCAUAUGGGGUCCAAGAUGGCGGUGUUACAUUUUAUCUUGGUUUAUUGUAGUAAACCAAUAAACACCAUCUCAGAUGAAAUACAAGAGAAACAUCCAGCACACUGUAGAUCGCAAAGGGAAAUGUCCAAAAAAGGAAGCUAAAGUAGCUAAAUGUAUCCAUUUGUUCUUGAAGCAUGUCGCUUAAAUAGAGCACAUUAUUUUGACUAUUUGAGUAUCAUUUUUGGGACGUUUGCCUUUGAAGUUGACAGAAGGUUUUCUACCGUCUUAGUCCAGCUAUCCCAUCUGUCAUCCAAGUCUAUAUAUUUGAAACCCAGGCACCUUUGUUAUUGGUCACUUGAGGACAGAGAGACAGAAGUGAAGACUCUUGCUUGUCCUGAAAAAUAUUGUGAAUCAGUAGUGUUUGAAUCAUAUUUUUCAUACUUUUCAAUCCACUUUCAUGUCAAUACUCAAUGCUAUAUAUUUUUGUUAGACUCCAUAAUUUUCAUACAUUGGAGAUUUAAAUGCCUGAUUCACACUACAUGGCUGACCCAAACCAUACUGUGUUGGCUCUAUUUUAUUUUCACAUUGUGGGUCCAACAAUAAUGGUGUAUCCAUAAACGGGCCAGCCCAGUACAGCUUGGCUUGGCUAGGCUCAGUUUUUCCUAUAGUGUUUAUCCAGCAACAGAGACUUGGGGACAACCGGUGUUCCCCCCGGUGACAAUGGUAGUAGCUCCUCACCUUGGUUAUUUCCGUACAUGCCAAGGUUAAAUGAACACCAGUGAUGUGAAUGCCUUGUCCCAUCCUGAUAAUCGGCUGUGUGAUUAAUGGAAUUGAUUAGGCCAGCUAAAUGGACCAUUGCAUAUUAUUUACUCAUUUCACAGGUAGCCGUGGACCCACAGGUGUCGAUUACACCAGACUGAAGUUCUAAAUUACACCUGAUAACAAGGGGAAGGAGAAAUGGAAAGAAGACUAAUUGGUUUGUCUUUCGAUGCCAAAUAGCCCAUACUGUUAUGGUUGGAGCUACAUUGUUGGCUAAAAUACCAUAUUUUCUGUGCAGAUUCGAUUAACAAGGUGCAUCUAAGACUUUGCACAGCUCGUGCCUUAACUGGCUUUACAUAGUUGGUACUUUCAGAUCCAUUGGAGCAUAGGGUGUCCACCAUGGCUUUCCACUUCACUCAUUACUGUGUGAGGACUUUUGCCCCAUGCCAGGGUUUCAUUGAGUUUGACACAGCAUGUGGUUGCAUUAGACUUGCGGCCUUCAACUAUACUCAUUAGCCUCUCAAAUGAAGUUGGACUAGCCUGAAUAACCCCAAAACCAACAUUGUUUUCUCUGUCGUCUCUUUCAACUAAGUGUUCUGUGUUAGCAGGCUCACUAAAUUAGAGAACAAACUCUUUAUAGAUGAUAAAUUAUAGAUCUCACUCUCUGAGGCAGCCCUCAAGACUUUAAUUGUAAGGCUGUGUAUGCCCAUGGGAAAGUUAUGCACUGUUGUAGAUGGACUUAUGCUGUAAAGGAUGCCGUGAGGUGUGCAAUAUAAUAUUGUUCCAAACUCGAGUUGAGCUCAUAAACUGCCAAGAGGAAGUCUCUGUGUGAUCCAUCACCAGAACGUAUUAAAUAUCCAUACACUUUA